AUGCCUGCUCAAGGACAUAGAUUGUACGUGAAGGCUAAGCACCUUUCCCACCAACGCUCCAAGCAUCACAUCCACCCUAUAACUUCCAUUGUCAAGAUCGAAGGAUGUGAUACUAAGGAAGACGCUCAAUUUUAUUUGGGCAAGCGUGUUUGCUAUGUCUACAAGUGUGCUAAGCCCAUCCGUGGCUCUAAGCUGCGUGUCAUCUGGGGUACCAUUUCUCGUGCUCAUGGUAACUCUGGCUGUGUUCGUGCUCGUUUCGUUCAUAACUUGCCUGCCAAGAGCUUUGGCUCUUCUCUUAGAGUCAUGCUUUACCCUUCUAACAUUUAA